AUGCUUCCUGCUAGCUUCGGAGGCUACCACCUGGCCAUGAAGCGUGUUGUCUACCAUUACUCAACUGAAGGGGGAAAAAAAAGGAAAUAUGAUUCCCCUUUUUACUAUCCGCCUGUAAUUAAUUUCAGGCUCCCUUUUCUCUUGCUUUUAACUCCUCUUGCAGACUUCUUCUGUAACUGCAGCUCUAUUGGAAGCACAAGUCUGAGCGAGUGCAACGCCACGGGUCACUGUCAAUGCCACCCAGGUUACGUGGGCCCCUCGUGUGACAGAUGCGAAGAAGGCUAUUAUCUCAGUCAACCCCACAAACAUUGCCUUGCUUGUGGGUGUCAUCCUGAGGACUCCAUCUCUUCGUCCUGCGACAACCUUGGACGAUGUCAGUGCCAAGCUGGAGCCACGGGGACCAAAUGUGCCCAGUGUCGGGACGGAUUCUCCAAGUUCAACGGAACAGUCUGCCAGCCCUGCCAGUGCAAUAACCAUUCUCUGCAGUGUGAUCCUUUGACAGGUGCUUGCCUAAAUUGUCAAGGAAACACAGAAGGCACUUACUGUGAGAAAUGCAAAGGACAAUUUUAUCGAAACAACUCCCAGCCGUACCAGUGUUUCCGCUGCCCGUGCUCCACUGAAUUUUCCAGCGGCGACUGUCAAAUAAAGCCUGGUCAGCAGACACCAACCUGUGACAAGUGCCGACCCGGCUACGUUGGCACUCUCUGUAACCAAUGUGACGAUGGCUACUAUAGCUCUGACAGCGUCUGCGUCAAAUGCCAAUGCAAUGGGAACGUGGACCCAGCCCGUUCACCAAGAGUCUGCAGGGCAGAUACAGGGGAAUGCAUUGGCUGUCUCUACCACACAGCAGGGUUUCAUUGCGAGAACUGUCAAGAAGGAUAUGUCAAACUUUUGGAAGGAGGAAACUGCACCAAGGAAGAAUAUAUUCCAACCCCAAGGCUCAUCCCUUCAGCUCCAAACAUUAAUGUCUCAACCGCUUCGCCCACGAUGGCCUUCAACAGCACGUCGGUACAGACAACAGUAGAGACGGCCUUUCCAGGUACAUCCUCUGAUAACAGCACAUCAUCUUUUGCGGAUGUCUCAUGGGCCCAGUUCAACAUCAUCAUUCUCACCGUGAUCAUCAUCCUGGUGGUUCUACUGAUGGGCUUCGUAGGGGCCGUCUACAUGUACCGUGAAUAUCAGAACCGGAAGCUGAACGCUCCCUUUUGGACCAUUGAACUUAAGGAGGACAACAUUAGCUUCAGCAGCUACCACGAUAGCAUCCCCAACGCAGAUAUCUCCGGCUUGUUAGAAGAUGAUGGAAACGAGGUGGCCCCCAACGGUCAGCUGACUCUGGCAACUCCAAUGCAUAACUACAAAGCAUGACAAAUCCAGGGAGGAACUGACUGCAAACUUUCUAACUUGAACAGAUCAGUGCAGGGCCUUUGGGGAGAGUAUUGAAUGAUUCCUGUGUUUCAGAUAUGAGGAACUACAGUAGAGACCUUUCCUAGCUUGGCCCAGCUUUGUGUCCAUGUUCAAAAAGACGAGCAUCAGACAAUGACCGUAACAGAGGCGAGUCACAUAAAAUGAUGGAUUGGAUUCAGCUCACCGUUUCUGAUGCCCCAGUGGAGAGUCACUUGUAUUUUUUUAAAAAAAGCAAUUGCUUUGAAUAUAUAUUUUUGUAUGGAACAAUGGAGAAGUAACUAAGAAAUCAUCUCAUUGCUACUCAGAAAACCUAGGCUGACACUGGAACUGAAUUUUUAAGCUCUCGUCGGAAAAGCGAUCGAUGAUACAGGACGAAAUGGUAAGAAUGGAUCUUUGGUUUUGGAAAAGAAGAAUAAAAAUGUUUCUCGUUCUGAGUUUUGCUAUUUAAAACGAUUCAUGCAUUGGCUGAAGAUACAGACUAAGGGCAACCAAAGCUUUUCGUAACACCUUCAUUCUCCUCUCUUUGUUUUUGACAAAUGGCUCCAGGUUCCUCUUUCCGUCUUUUUGUGAACGUUUCCUUCCACGCUAGUGACACUAUUUAAAACUUAGAAACUGCUUUUUAUUUUCCUGCUUCCUUGAACCUGGAUUCCUUCCCCUCUAGGAAGCAUGACAGAUGUUGUAAGGUAUCUUUCAGGAGACUCCUAUUCAGAGCAGAAAUGUAAGCAAAGAUUCCUUCGCGCUGUAUUGUAACUAUUUGUACAAAAAGUUCAAGUGUCGAAUUUUAACUGUUAAGAUUUUUAUCUGUACAGGGGUUCACGGCAUUGUAAAAACAAGGCCAAACCAAAUCAAACCCAAACUAAGAAAUGGGAGGAAAAGCAAGUAUUGUAUUAAAGUGCUGUAAAUUUAGAGGGCGAUAACUGGAGCUGGGUCUCCACCAGAAAAAAAAAAAAAAAAAAAAAAAAAGAUUUGUUGCUAGUUUCUCCUCUUCUAAUAAUACAAAUCUUUUGUAUCUUAAGUGUAAGCUUUUCCUGCUUGUUAUUUCAAGUAUCUACAGGUUUCCUUGCCCCCUAACAAAUCCUUCCAAAAGUUUUGUGGGUUUUUUUUUUGGUAAGUAUGUGGGUUACUGGGAUAGAUUUGUUAAUAGGACUAUUCCCUUGGAUACAAAGAGAAAUGGAAGGAAAGUAUAGAUUUCUCUGGCACUGACUGUAGAAUCUGGACUAAAUUUGGAAGCCCAUCCUCUUGCUGACUAUAUAUCUUAGUUGGGAGUAGAAACUUCUUUGCUGCAUAAAAACCCACUAAUCAAACAACACACCUUAAAAUAGGAAUCAUCAUCAUCAUCAUCAUCAUCAUCAGCCAGGAGGGGGGCAUCUGGCUUUCCCCUAUCAGUUCAGAUACUGAUAUUGGUCACUGCACUUGUCAUCUGCCAUUUACUGGGUCGUAACUUAGAGCUGGCUUGGAUUUCUAGCAGUUUCUUGCCUUAAAAAAAAUUAAAAAUCAGGGCACCCUCUUUCAAGCGUUCCUUGUUCCGCUAUAGGCAUCUCAUAGGCACUACAUCUUCCUGGCCUGAAACUCUAGAGCAGGACGUCCUUAUGAUUACGGUUGGAACAUCUGUAGAACUUAGGCUAGAAAAGUAUACAGGGAUUGCUAUUAGAAAGGGUGAUAUUAGGGACUUCCUGCUGAACAGCCUCACGACUGUAGCCCUCGCCAGAUGUGGCUCUGUUCUGAUUGGUUCCUUUCAGUAUUUUAUCCGUAGGCCACCCAGGAUCAAAAGGCUAUUAGCCAAAACCCACUUCUCCGAAAGGUUGCUGCAUCUCUCCAAAUAACUGCACUCACGCAUUAUCUUGAGCUGUAGUCUGACCAUCUCACAGGGUUGGAAAGGGGCUUACAACGUCCCAGAAAUUCACACCAGCUAAAACACCCGCCCGUAUUUAAUGUCCUUUGUUGAAAGGUUUUUAAUAGCUGUUGCUUUGUACCGCUUCCUCCUGGAGCUAGACGUCCUGAGCGGAUUCACAUAUCGGAGUUGGGUAACCACAUUUGCUCCAUGUACACGUCUUAACUUUUCAUUAGGCUUCAGGGGUGGAAGAAAUACAGAACCAUCCUUCCUCAAGGGCUCGGAGAGGGAAAUGGUGUGAAAUUGCGCACAGCACAGCAUAACACUUAUUUGACAAAGGAAAAGCAACUUUGGCAGGCACAUUGUAGGCUGCCUAAGUGAAAUUUGAUACUUGGAAAGUGAAUAUUAGCAGGAGAGCUAUCCAGGAUCAAAGUUGGCCAGAUUUCAGUUGAUUGAGCAGGAAAAAAUAAAAUAAAAAAACAAUAACAAAACUGAACAAAAAUAAAACCGUAUUCUUGGGCCCUAAUUUUUUGAAUAGUAGACCAGAGGAAGAAAUACGUUCUUAGCACUUUGAGGCUUGCAGAGUUGCCAAGAUAAAUUCUUUCUGAAGAGGGUGACACUGCCCAAGUGGGACGAUUUAUACCGAAGAGUAUUUUUGUCCUGCAGUUUCAGCGUCUGCUGAGCUGAACCCGGAUUCCCGUUUACAGCAUUUUUUGCUUUUAAAGUCAGAGGCUACCAUCAGUCAAAUGUUGAGCAUUAUGCCAUAGGCAUGUCAUAUUUACUUUCCACUGUAAAAAUGGCCUCAUUUUUUUUUGUCCUGAUGGCUUUGCUAGGUCACCCCGGCUCCAUGUGGCCAUCCCAGACCUGAGACAACUCUUCCUAUCGCACGCGGGUGCCACCUCUUCCAAAUUUAGGUUUAUGGGGUUGGGUGGUCAAAAUUGUAUCAAAAUCCUUACUUUUUUGCUAAAGGAGGGCGAGGCAGUUUUUGCAGGUCGUGGCUGCUGAGCGCUGUCAUUUAGGAGGAUUUUGAAGAAGAAAGGUCUCCAUCGUGUAUUGAAGCCCCCAAGCUAUCCUCAGCUGCAACUGAGAUAAGAACAUAUGUUUACUGGAUGUAAUGUUUGAUUUAGCCCCAGGAAAGGCAAGGUGAAAAACUCCUUUCUUCAAAAGAGUUCAACAGUUCUCCUAAAGCAGCCGACAAGCUUGCAAGCGUGGCCUUUUGAAAGCAUCGAAACGGUGCACAGGGCUUUAUAAGUUUGACACUCUAAGUAGUCUUGAAUGAGUCUUGCGCAGAGAAGUCAUGAACGCAUUUAGCCACAUGGGAUCGAAGGGUCAAAGAACAGGUGAUGCCUCCGCAGAGUAAAAAUUGUCACAGUUCCUUAAAAGAGCUCCUGGAAGAUUAAAUCACUUCGAUUUGGAGCAAAGAGGUGUCCCUGAGGGGCUGCUAGGUAUACAUUCAAGGAAAUGUACAUGAAGUAGAAACAGAUAGGUAAGCUAUGAUUUAAACCACAUCAGUGAGAGUGGUGAGUCAUUUCAAUCCCCGACCUUCUAGUCUGAACAAAGGUGACCUCCAUACCAGUGUUGAGCAGUUAGCCUUUACAAAAAAAAUAUUGUUCAAAAGGUGAUUUUUAUGAUUCUGAGAAAUGGGCCAGUUAAGGCAUGAUCCAGUGACUCUGUUCCGCGGCCACCUGGGAAAUACUUGUGUCCAAACAUAAAAUAGAGAGGGUGUGCGUGUGUGUGAGUGUGUUGUGUGUGUGUGUUUUAAACUUUAAUGAAGUACCAUAGCUAGAAAUAAUUGCAUGAAGUUUAACUGUAGAGAGAUGGCAUGAAUUGUAUAAUGAAAUAGGUACCGUGUUAGACCAGGCAAAAUAAUAUGUUUAAAUUUAUGAAGCAAGUAUGAUAAUUUUAGCAUGAUUUGCAAGCCCUUUUGACUCUUAAGUAUAUGCAAAAUAUAGCAUACAUCCAGCAAACAUAAUCCAACUGAAAGAAGAUUGAAGCCUGAAAUAGGUAUCUGUUAAAUGCAGCGCUCUAAACUUCUGGUCGCCUCCAACAUUUAUGCCUCUGAUUCUUGGAAUUAAGAUUUGGACUUACAAUCUGAAUACAAGUUGUAUGCGUUCUAACAUGACAUGUCAACUAUAUUUUAGGGCCUCUUAUCCUAAGCAUAUGUUAAGCUUAUGAAAUGCAUUUAUUU